AUGCUACUUAACAAUUUUAAUGGAAUCAUUAAAACCAUUAACGUCAUUUUUAAGUUGAAAGUCCUAGAGUCGUGGGACGAGCCUCACUCGGGCUACCCGGCCAGUGACCAGCCAGCGGGCAGUCUGCACUACGAGGGGCGGGCGGCACGGCUGCAGGUGUCCGAUGGACAGGUCGAGAAACUGCCGCUACUUUCUACCUUCUGCAUCUGUGCGGGAUUGGACUUUGUGCGCCACGAUGGCAAUCAUCUCUACGUGGCUGUAAAAAAGCAAGCGGGUGACUCACCGACGUUUGUGCAGUAUCCAUCCGCUGCCCUGUUGACGGUUGAUCCGCCUGCUGACGACCGGCUGUUCUAUGACGUAGCCUCGGCGUACAGCCGGCAUGCUGUUCCACUGGUGGACAGCGACAGACAGGAGAAGUCCAAACUUUGUGACGAUGCCACCAUCGAGGAUUUUAAGGACCCGGAUGUGAGGUACUUCCGGCUGAGUCCAGUUCUGGUGGACUGCUAUCAAAUGGUCUCUACUCGUGAGAACAAGUGGAACUCUGAAGCCGUUCCUCCAAAGAAUUUCCGGAAGGUCGUAGUCCGGAAAGGUUACCGGAACACUCUAGCUCAGAACAAUGAAUAUGACGUCAUGGAUCUGCGCUACAGUACACACAAUCUCGGCAUCGCCAUGGAGUUGACCUAUGACCCGGAGGGAGAUGGUAUAGACCCGGAUGUACACACCCCUGCCAGGCUGGCCCGCUGGGCCGCUAUUAAAUGCGGACCACUCUUCACUAACGCAGGGUAUGAAAUAGGUAUCGGUUUGUAUGAGAGGUCUGUGUACAUCGGCUUACGGGACAAGGCUGACCGCGCGCUGUGGGUGGCUCACCCGGACUACCUGCCGCCCAACACCACAGAGAGUGACUGGCACCUGGACAUGGACACACUCAUCACUAACUCAGUCGAGGGAAGAAUUAUUGAGCCAGACAGCCUGUCCCACGCCUGUCUCACUGCCAACCCGCCACAGAAGCAGUCCUUAGUUUUUGACCGUGCUGACAACAGUCGGCGCAGGAGAAAACGGAGCCUGGGGAGCGACGUGUGCGUGCCUACCUCUGACACUAUACACUGUGCUAGGACUGCUGGCCACCGAGAUGCAGAGGUGUCCCACAUCAUGGAGAUGGUAACGCGGAAGUUCCUCCAUCCCGGCCUGAGGGGGAAGUUAGAGACGGCUCUGAAGGGGUGUCUGGGCGUCUGUGGGACGUGUGUUCAAGGUGAUCUAUGGGAGUCCAAAGUCAAGCACUGUGACAUCUUCCUCCACUGGGUCAACUUUGAACUCGACAACGAUGAACCAAACGUGACUAACUUUUUCUACAAGGAGAACAGCGAGUUGAAGCUGUACGCGUGUGGAGGGGACCGACACUGUCUGGUGGAAGCACCGCUGUUUUCUCUGAUGAUCCAGUCGGUAGAGGAACGUUUCCGCCCCGACCCAGCACAGAGUGUAGAACAGCUGCUGUACCCAGUGGGCAGCAACCCUCUGCCUGUCCUGGACCUGCUGUCCCAGCUGUACGCUAUCCACGCUUCCGGCAGGGUCACGGUCUGGGUCGAGGACAAGGCGGAGAUGCAGGCUCUCAAGACGCCGCUUAAGGUGGUCCUUCUGUACAACAAAGAGGUGAGUGACGUCAUUAUCAAUGUGGCGGAACAGACCAGUCUGGAUGACGUGUCCGGAUUGGUGGAGAGUUGGGUGAGGAAAUGGACUACGUCAUCAUGCCCUGACGUCACCAGGAAGUACGUCCCACCUUUUACCGUCAAAGGAAUGCCAACUGAGCGCCGCAAACGGAGUCCUGAGCACGAGUUGAGAGAGAGCCUGCUGAAGAGAGACCGAGACUGGGAGAAACGCUGGUUACACAGCCGUCAAUCAAUGCUGUAACUAGGCAACUGGCAGGCACUGCCAGACAUCCCCAUUAGCUAUAUUGCCAAGUUUCAUGUUCCAGGCAGCGUCACAACGGAGCAAUUAGGAAAGUACCAUUUUUUCAUACAUCGCUUUUCUCAAAACAGUUAUAACGGGAAAAAAGCCUGCUCUGGCAUUGCCAGACAUCCCCAUUAGAGCAUCGACUUUGCUUAACCCCAAAUGUGUAUCAGUUCCCUAGUCACAACUGCUUAGUACUUCUUAGUGAGGUAACUUGACUUCUAAGACAUUCUGUAGUUUUUUGGUUUAUGUUAGCAGUUUUAUGUUUAUGCAGCUUACUAAUAGGUAACUAUCAGGAAUCCUGGAACAGAUCAAA